AUGGUUGCAGCCAUUGAGAAGUGGAAAGUUGGAAUACCCAAGAUGAAGGCGAAGGUGAUGUCCCAAGAAGAGUUCGAGAACUUCUUGGAAAAGAGUAAGACUUGCCUGGUUUUUGUGAAGAACCUUCCGGAGGACUGCGAAUUGGACUGUUCUUGCACGGCACCAAGUCAGGUUUAUGACCGUGCCACAGCUUUGAACCAUGUAGCUCUGUGCAAGGAUUGGCUUGCAUCCGACCCACGGCAGGUUGCAACGCCCUUUGGAGCAAGGCCAGAUGUUGAUGCGACGGAGGCUUUGGGUGCAGCGCUGGCCCAUGAAGCGCAGCGAGGAGAUUUGUUCUUCUUGCGGGGCGAGUUGGGCUCUGGGAAGACGCUAUUUGGCAAGAUGUUUGUCUCGUGGAGUGGCCCGAGCGUUUGGGAGAACAAAUCGCAAGUGAGGCUGUGGACCGAUGGCGACGAGAUGGUGGCCCGCUCCGGUCAAGGUGCGUGGCGGGCGGGGCCCGUGGGUGAAGAGAAGAGGUGGUGUCAGCAAGCUGGAGCUGUUGAUUUAUCAGAGGUUCUGGAGAUUGAGGAGUCCUUCGCAGAUGCCCUGGGUCGUUGGGCAUUGGAAGGUUUACGGGGUGAAGGUCGGAAACGCUCUGCCGAGCCUGGCCCACAACAGGAGAAGCUUGAUUACAAGCGCGCUACCGCGCUACCACUGCGAAACAGCAGCGCAGGUGAUGCCUCUGAUUGGAUGCUGGGCAGCCUCGAACGCACGCUGCAACCGUGCUGUUUGAGCCGAAAAUGCGAAAGCUCGUGCAGCGGUCGUGCGCGGGUGUUCUUUGCAAGUGAUGAAGAUUUUGUUCCGAGCACACUCCGUGCAGAUGCCACUGGCAGCUUCUACCCCUUGAAGUCCAAGAAGCAACUGGAGCCAGACAGGCGUAUGUGUGGAGACAACUCCAGCUCUGCCGUGACUUUCGGAUGCUCAGGAUCCUCUCAAGCCACCAGCUUGAGCAGUCACCAGCGUGUCGACGACCGCUUUCGAGAACAUGAGUCUUUCCUUCAGCAGCAGCGGCUAAAGGCUUUCAAGCGGCGAUCAGAGAUUGAAGGCCGGCAUGGUGUGAUCUUCCGAGCAGUCUUCUUUAGCUUGACUUGGUUACUGUUUGCUUUCGUGUCGCAGUUGGUGCUGUUGCAUUCUUUGCGACUCAUUUUCAAUUUCAUGCAAGGUGACGAGCAAGCAGAGCGAGCCCUCAACCUAGAGCGGCAGGCAAGACGAGAAGAUGGGGAACGUUUGCACCCGGAGCAACUCUUCGUUUUUGACAAGCCAGGAUUUUUGCAGCCCAGAAAGCGUAUGGCCCUGCCUAGUUUGCAAUUCACCUGGGCAGCGACAUGGUGGGGGAUACGGGUGAACCAGGUCAAAGAUUCAUUUGGUUUGCGAGCUGAUGAUUUUAUUGUGGAAGUCGCCGGUGUGCCGCUGUCGGAACUUGAAGAGGAUGUUUGUGAACAAACGUUCCAGAGAUAUUCUCACGAAGGUGUGCAAGUAUUGGUUGAGCCUUCAUGCAGUCGAUGGGGAAGUUUGCCCCAUAUGAACGUCAAUUUUGAUUCCAUGUGUGCUGACAUCGAGGCACUGCAGUUGGACUACGGUGCCAUUGAUGAGACAGUCGAAGAAGCCUUGCGAAGAGCAGGCAUCUCUGCGGCAGAGCUCUCUGGCGUGGCGGUCACUGUUGGCCAACAUGUGAUCUUGGGAAGCACCAUUGACGAUUCAAUUGGAGAGGCAUUUGACAAAACUGCACGGGUGCUUGGAAUUACCCAGGUGCCUGGAGGACCUCAUUUGGAACGUUUAGCAAAAGAUGGUGACCCCAAGGUUCACCCACUCCCGAAACCCUUGUCGAAGACCCGAGACAAGGUAUUGCUUGAAGGCUGUGACUACUCCUUCUCAGGAUUGAAGACAGCGGUGAGGACGCUGGUUGAAAAAGAACUACCGAGUUCAAAAGCAGCCGCCCUUUCGGAGGAGGGACUCCGUAAAGCACAAGCAGACAUCGCUGCAGCGUUCCAGAAAGUGGCCGUGCAACAUUUGUGCGAACGGGCUUCAAGGGCUGCAGGCUGUCACCGUGCACUUGCUUGA